CCUGAUUAUCGAGUUCUGUGAGAUCUGCAAAACAAUUAGGAAGGGAGCCCCUUUCUUCGUCCUUCCUUCUUUGUGUCUGUGAAGAGAGAUACUUAAAGAUAGACAGAAAGAGAAGUGCCUCACCUGGAUCUAUACAGCACACCUUUCUUCUUUGUUCUCUGUUCCUAUAUCUCUGUCUAUAAAUUAUGAGGAUUCGCAAGAACGCAAACCUCUCCUCCUUCAUGUUCUCGCACGCUUCUGGGCCUGAGGUGCUGCAGACACACGUGUGCCAGCUGAACCAGUCGCCAUGGGAUGUGAUUCCUUUCGCUCAAGACACUUACCCAUCUUCGCUUCACCAGUUCGAAGGAGAAGACAGCUUUAAUGGAAAUGGGAGCUUAGGUGAUUCUAUUGGUGCUGUUGAGAGCAGCGUCGCGUCGUUAAUGGAAGACGCAGAAGACAAGGCAGCGAUAAAGAUGAGGGUGGAUAACAUGGUCAUCGACGAUAAUUAUGAAAUGGAAGGGAUCGCAGAGAAGAAGAAGAGAGUGUUAAACGAUUACGAAGAGAUGAAAAUGGUUAACGAAUUCAAGUUCAAGAAGUGCUGCAACAAGACCGAUGGCAAGGGCUGGCAUUGUAAGAAUGAGCCAAGAGAAGGCCACUCUAUGUGCGACCAUCACUUGAAUGUUACUUGCUGUGUUGGUCUCCCUACUAGUCCCUCCAGCAAGAAACAAGACAAGGGAAUAGCUGGAGCUGGGGGUCGCCGGGGCCGAGCAAAAGCAACAAAGAAAGGGUCAUCGUCGAACUCGAACCCUUAUGAAUUUUACUAUUAUUCUGGAUUUGGUCCACUGUGGGGGAAGAGGAGAGGAGAUAGAGGGGAAGGGAACAAGGGCGGGGAUAAGGAAAUUGAGAGCAACGGCAUUAUUAGCGUUGCUGAUAUUUCCACACCUCAAAAUACGACGUCGUGUGUUGCUCCUUCGCCAAUUGAAGAUCUCGAAGAUUUCGAUUAUGUAGAUGAGGACGACGAUGACGAGGAGGAUAACCAAAAUAGCGAUAGCAGGAAGAAGCGGGUUAGAAAACCAGUAAAAGCAAGAUCCUUGAAGUCCCUCAUGUAAAAAAUAAAUAAAUAAAAAAAAAUAGAGGAGGGUUUUGGGCCUGAGGGGAUUUCUGCUGCCGCUUGUUUUUAUUUAUUUCUGUGUUUUUUCUUUUUUUUUUCAAUUUUUAGGGUUAGGGUCCUUAGAGUAAUUUUGAUGCAUAUUGUGUUUGGUUGUGUCCUUGGUAAGGUUAGAAUUUCCCAUAACAUGACAGUUGGAGUAAGUAUUGGAUGUGACUCAAGCGGAAUUUUAAGAUUGUAUUAGUUAACUGUUUGGAGAUGGAAGGGUACAAUUGUAAUUUAACUGUUCUUUAUAAAAUUAUCUUUCAAUGGGAUGUCUGCCUUCAGUCGGCAAUGACGUG